AUGGGUCACGUGGCGCAAUCCAUGGCUUCCGGUGGUCAUCCUGAGGGUGGCGCGCUGGUCACUAGACAUGACCAGCUGGCUGGCAGUCUGGCUAGGCUGCAGAGACUUGCAGCGAGCAGGCAGGCCGCGCUCAUGGAGAGUGUGUGCAGCAAGACCUGGCAGCGUCUGGUAGAAAAGAUCCAGUCCCGCAACCAGCGCCUGGCUGCUGCUGGCGAGAUCCACCGCGACGCCGGGGACCUGCUGGCGCGGGCCGGGGAGCGACGGACGGACUCGCCCCGCCCCCCGCGCCCCGCGACCUGCGCGCCGCCACCGCCCUCUUGA